AUGACUAGGAGGUCCAACAAGGACAACCUAGUUGAACAUCCAGAGAUAGACAAGCUUGAGAAGCAACUUAGGAAGCAAAAGCCCAAGAGAUGGCCGACGAAGCAGCUCGCGCUCACGCCGCUGAAGUGGCGCGCGCUCAAGAAGAAGGAAGAGAUCCACCUCCUCCUCCUCCUAACCCUGCUGGAGAUAAACCCUAUCCAUCCACCACUUCCUGCAAGGAAUGACUAUGAGAUCAAGCCUCAGAUCAUAGCAUUGGUUAGACAGAACCAAUUCAAUGGCCUUCCAGCUGAGCAUCCUCUUGAUCACAUAGAAAACUUUGAAGAAAUUUGCAGCACUACAAGAUCCAAUGGAGUCUCUGCUGACUACCUUAAGUGCAAGCUCUUUUCAUUCUCUCUUGGCGACAAAGCUUCAAGAUGGUUGAAGUCUCUGCCAGCUCACUCCAUCACCACUUGGGAUGAGUACAAGGCGCAUUCAUCAACCACUUCUACACCAAGCAAAGAUCAAUUUCUGGACUGCCCUAAUCAUGGUUUCAAUGAGGGAAACCUAUGGAACAUCUUCUAUCGUGGCAUAGACCACAAGUACAAGCUUUCAUUGGACACAAGCAAUGGAAACUUCAUGACCAAGACUGUUGAUGAAGCUAAGGUUCUUAUUGAGAAUCUUGCAGCUAGUGAUUGUAACAACUGUCCUGAUUAUGACCGCUCAAGCCGCACCACUACUAGCUCCCCUGAUUCUUUUCAAAUGACUGAACUCAAGAACAUGAUGGCUCAAGUUCUUAAGGGACAGCUCAAGCAUAUCAAUGCAAUAGAAGGGAUGAGUGAUGCUAAUGAAGAUUCAUCAAGAGAAUGCAUGGGAGAUUUCUCUAAUGAAGCCAAUGAAGAAGAUGUGAACUACAUUGGAAACUAUGGGAACAAGGGAUACAAUCCAAGCUAUCGCCCAAACCCCAACAUGUCUUAUAGAAACCCCAAUGUGGAGAAUCCUCAAGACCAAGUGUAUCCUCCAAGGUAUCCACAACAACAAAGACCUCCUUACCAAUCUCAAGGAAGUCAAUUUCAGCCAAGGCAAGGAUAUGAGCAGAGAUCAUCAUAUCCGCCCAAGGAGCCAUAUGCUUCUUCACCAAAUCAAGCUCCUCCAAACCAACAAGGUGGGAGAUUUGAAGGAAUCCUCCAACAGAUCAUGGAUGGCCAGAAGAGAAACACUAAAGAGAUGUAUGAGAAGAUGGACACUUUGUUCAGCAAUCUCAACACCAAGUAUGAUGCUGUUGCCACUCAUGUGAAGAAACUAGAGACUCAAGUCACACAAACUAUGGAAGCUGUUAAGAGACAGGAAGCUGAAUCCAAGAAGUCCUUUUGCAACUCAGCCGCCAUAGAAGAAAGAUUUGAAGACCAAGUUCCAGAAUGGAUGCUUUCAAAACCUACUGUUGAUUGCAUGAUUUGGCCUGAAGAGAAUUACCCAGAGAGAGAGUCCAAUCGAGCUAGAAAGAGAAGACUCUUCCCAAAGAUUAUCCCCAAGACAGAUAACUCAGGAAAGUUUGUUGUGCCUUGUAUCAUCAAAGGUAACAUUCUUGAGCAAUCUUUGUGUGACACAGGAGCCAAUGUGAACAUCAUGUCUAAGAGGAUAGCUGACAAGAUAGGCCUCACCAAGAUAGAGCCAUCAUCCAUCUCCAUCAACUAUGCUGAUUCAUUCUCACAAACACCCUAUGGCUUUGUGCCUAAUGUGAUGGUGCAGAUUGGAAAUUGCUCUAUCCCUACUGAUUUCCAGAUUGUGGAAAUGAGAGAGAGUAGCCAUAGACCUCUCAUAUUUGGAACCCCUUUCCUGUCUACU